CCGCGCCGUAGGCGCGUUGCCGUGGAGACGAGCGUUGCGGCCCAGCGCGGCUGCGGCGGGCUCUUGGUGAUGUCGUUCCGCGACCUCCGCGAUUUUACUGAGAUGAUGAGGGCACUGGGGUAUCCCCGACUCAUAUCUAUGGAGAAUUUCCAUACCCCAAACUUCAUGCUUGUUUCUGAAGUGCUCUUCUGGCUAGUGAAAAGGUAUGAACCUCAGACUGAUAUUCCUCCUGAUGUGGAGACGGAGCAGGACCGGAUUUUCUUCAUUAAGGCAGUGGCUCAGUUCAUGGCUACCAAAGCUCACAUAAAGCUAAACACUAAGAAGCUUUACCAGGCAGAUGGCUAUGCAGUGAAGGAACUGCUAAAGAUCACCUCUGUGCUUUAUGAUGCUAUGAAUAACAAGGGAGUGGAACACAUGGAUUUGAGUGAGGAAGACAGCAGCAAGUUCAAGUUUGAUCUUGGCUCAAAAAUUACUGACUUGAAGGCAGCUAGACAGCUUGCUUCCGAAAUCACCUCCAAAGGAGCAAGUAUGUAUGACCUACUUGGCAAAGAAGUUGAACUAAGGGAAGCAAGAACAGAAUCUAUUGCUAGACCUUUGGAGAUAAAUGAAGCUGAGAAGGUGAUGAAAAUCGCCAUUAACUGUGUUAUGGAGCAAGUCCAAAAGACUAAAGAUAUGUUGAAUAAUGUGGCUUUGGAUGAAGCCAAUUUGGAAGCCAAGAUUGAAAAACGGAAAUUGGAACUGGAAAGAAGCCAAAAGAGGCUCCAGACUCUACAAAGUGUGCGUCCUGCUUUUAUGGAUGAGUAUGAGAAGAUUGAGGAGCAACUGCAGAAACAGUACAGUAGUUACCUAGAAAAAUUCCGUAAUCUGACCUACCUGGAGCAGCUCCUGGAUGAUCAUCGACGGACAGAACAAGAAAUGUUUGAGGAAGCAGCAAACAUGCUCUGUCUUAUGCAGAACAGGCUGAAGGAAGAGGAACAACUGCUGCUUAAAGGUGCAACUAAUGACGAUUCUGAUGUAGAGAUUCAAGAUAAUGAUGGAUCCGACAGUGAAACGCAAGACAGGCAGACCAGAAAGCAGCACACUGCCACGGGAACAUUGCUUCAAGGAAGAACUGGCGUACGGAUUGUGGGAACAAUGCAAGGUGGAGAUACAGAGGAAGAUGGGAGAUCUGCCCCAGGCACACCCAAGAUCAUCGCCAAGGCACAGGAGGACUCGGGGGAUAGUGAGAUUGACCUGGAUGAUGAUGAGGAAGAGGAUGAUAUGGAAGACAAAAGCAUAGAAAUCUCACCAAGAAAGUUUGUUCUCCGAGCAAGGAAACCAGAGCCACUGGAGGAAAGUGAUAAUGACUUCUGAGCCUGUAGGAGACGUCUUGAAAUACAGACUUUGGAGAGCAUGCAAGCCAGGAGCUAAUAUUCCACCGUCUUUUCAGCAUGAAUUCAGGGGUCUUUAAAUAGUGUUCAUUAAAUUUGAAAAUGAAACAUGGA